GCUGAGUGAGACGACAGGUGCCACAUGGGGACUACACUCCACUCUGUGCUACUACUACACUCACAACACAUACUUUUCUCUGGUAUAUUCUCACUAUUAUUCGUCGCUGUAAGAUAACAUUGCUAAAGGAUUACCUACCUCAUUGUUUUUCAUGCACAAGUACAUAUUCUGUAGCUGAAUUUGAGGACGUUUUGGACCCAAAGAGGAGUUAUUGGUGACACAAAGACUAUGAUGAGACAUUGAAACAUUUAUUAAGGACACUAUAAAACUCAGAAGAGAUGUCUGUUUUCAAGCAACUCAAAGUGGAAGACUUCUAUGAGAUUGGAGAGGAGCUGGGCAGCGGUCAGUUCGCCAUCGUAAAGCGCUGCGUGGAGCGGAGCACGGCGCGGCCCUUUGCAGCGAAGUUCAUCAAGAAACGUCAGUCCAUGGCGAGCUCGCGCGGCGUGCGCAGGGAAGACAUCGAGCGGGAAGUGUCCAUCCUGCACCACAUCCAACACGGGAACAUCGUCACUCUGCACGACGUGUACGAGAACCGCACUGACGUGGUCCUCAUCCUAGAACUAGUUUCUGGAGGAGAGCUGUUUGACUUUUUGGCCCAAAAAGAGUCUCUAAGUGAAGAAGAAGCCACUCAGUUUAUCAAACAAAUACUGGAGGGAGUCAACUACCUGCAUGCGCGCAAGAUUGCACACUUUGACCUCAAGCCUGAGAAUAUAAUGCUCCUGGACAAGAACGUGCCUUUGCCCAGAAUCAAACUUAUCGACUUCGGACUCGCACACAAGAUCGAGGCUGGGGUGGAAUUUAAGAACAUCUUUGGCACCCCUGAAUUUGUAGCCCCAGAGAUUGUGAACUAUGAACCACUGGGAUUGGAGGCGGACAUGUGGAGCAUUGGAGUCAUCACCUACAUCCUUUUAAGUGGUGCCUCCCCGUUUCUAGGAGAGACGAAGCAGGACACACUGGACAACAUCACUGCCGUAAAUUAUGAGUUUGAUGAAGAGUUUUUCUGCCACACGAGCGACCUCGCCAAGAAGUUCAUCAGCCAACUCCUAGAGAAGGACAAGCAAAAAAGGUUAACCAUUCAAGAAGCUCUGAAUCACCCCUGGAUCAAGUCCAAUGAGAACAAGGAGGAAAGCAAGUCCCAGGAACCAAAGAAACGUGAACGCCGCCAACUCAAAACCAAACGUUUGCGAGAAUACACCAUCAAAUCCCACUCGAGCAUGCCUCCCAACAACACCUAUGUCAACUUCGAACGCUUUGCACAAGUCGUGGAAGAUAUCGAACAGAUGGAGAGUGCUUUCGUCAAUCUGGCUUCAGUUCACGACACCUUACAAGAGGAUAUCGACGCAAUGGUGUCUAUUUACAAUGACAAAGAGGCUUGGUACAAGGAGGAGAGCGAAGGCGUGAGACAUGAACUUUCCCAAAUCCGCUAUGAGUUUCGCAAAGUGGAAGCUAUCAAGAGAAAUCUGCAGGAAGACAUGAGUGCGUUCAGCUUGAGUUUGGAUGCGAUAAGUAAUCAAUACCAGGAGAGACAGAAACACUUUGAUUCACUGCGAUCAGAGCUUAGUAAUGAGUUGAAAUGGGUGCAAGAGGUUGUAGGGACGUUCCCAUUGGAUACGACGGGAGGGGGAGGGGGCUAUCCUGGUUGUAAUUUUUCAAAUGUGUUGAACAAUGAUGUGAAUGAAGCGCUUAAAGAGUUAUUGAGUCGGCCGUGUGGAGGAGAGCUGCUGUCAGGGAUAAAUCUGGACUUAUCUGAGACAGGGCAGCAAAGAUAGUCACGCCACAUCACAAAAACUGACUGAUCUACUUUAUAAUAUUUAUUUUAUUUGAGUAGGGACAGAUACAAAAAAACAGUGACUAACAGUAGCACAGCAAUCCAAUGUAUGCAUCAUAGUGCUUAUAGCCAAUGCACAUUUUACUACUGACUGAUGACUGAGGGAUUACACAGAUAUAAAACCACACGGUAAAAGAAAGUACUAAGAUUUAAUAUUGAAAAUCACAUUCUGUUGUUUAAAGAAAGAGUGGUAUUGGAAUCAGUAUCGAGUAUUAAGUCUAUUCUUUAGUGUCGCGUUUGAAAAUGUUGGCAUCAUGAUAGCACUACUAUCUAAUAGUUUAAAAAAAAAUCAGAAUAUAAGGGAUUGUCAUUGUUCAUUCUCUUGAUACUCUGUGGGGGUAAACUAUUAUUAUAGCUACAGCUGCCCUGGCCAACCACCACCAACACACACACGUCACUCAUUCACGUCAUUCAUACCCCCAAGAAGAAGUUCAAAGUAGUGGCCCAGGAAAUUACUCAAGAAAGAGUUAUUUGGGAGUAUUUGGGGCAAGUACUACUCAAGUAAAAGUAACUUAAAGAAUGACUGUUCGGACGUAACAUCUGAUUUAUAAUUUUAAGUUGAUGUGAUUGGAAGAACAAAACAUUAAAUAAUGCACAAAACGAGACAAACUAAAUUACUGUACGUGAUUUUGAUAUGUGCUCAGCUCCUCUGUGUUCCAAAACAAAGUAUCUGUUCCUCUCGUAUAAAACCUGCUACCUGUGUAGUUUAGACUUCUCCAAACAUGCUUUAAAAUGUAUGGGGGUUGUUGUCAUAGUUUAGCAGUUCAUAUUUCAGUCUUUUGUUAAUUUCGAUGUUAAUGCUUCUUAAAAUGUGCUCUUUAAACAGAAUCCCACUGUCAAAACAUAAAUUGCAAAUCUAAUCCUGUCCUGAGCAGGAUUAAAAAAGAAGGCAACUUUAAAUAACCAGACAGUGUAAACAGUGUUUUCUGAGUUUGUUGAUUUCACUAUUUUUGUAAUAAAUAUUGAAUUUGAAAUGGUCU